AAUAAGUAAUAAAAUAUGUUAAAAUUUUGUUUAUUUAAUAUUUUUGAAUAUAAACAACGAAAUAAAAAAGCCUAUCCAUAUGCUUAUAAUAAAUAUGACACAUAUUUAUUUGUUUUGUGGACAUUGAUAAUACAUUUUGUGUUUUUAUGGGGUGUUUUGGAUAUAAAUUUUCAUUCACCGAUUAUACAAGGAUUACCAGUUGUACCAGGUUUAAAAAAUGCACCCGCGAAAAGAUUAAUUUUACUUGUAGCUGAUGGUUUAAGAUAUCGUACAUUUAGAGAAAAUAUUCCUCCAUAUCUAAAGAAUGUCACCCAAUAUAAAGGUGUUUGGGGUAUUUCACAUACUCGUGUUCCUACAGAAUCAAGACCAGGUAAUAUUGCAAUUGCUGCAGGACUUUAUGAAGAUCCAAGUGCAAUUUUCAAAGGAUGGAAAGAAAAUCCUAUAGAUUUUGAUUCUGUCUUCAAUCAAAGUCAAUCAACAUGGGCAUGGGGCAGUCCUGACAUUAUUCCUUUAUUUACAAAAGCUAAUAAAGGAAACAUAUAUGGUGAAAGUUAUCCUUCUGAAUGGCAAGAUUUUGAUAGCUUACAAAAUGAUAUAUUACGUCUAGAUUCAUGGGUAUUUGAUAAAUAUUUAGAAUGGCUUGAAAAAAAAUCACAUACAGUGAAACACAUGGGUGGUAUUAUUUUUUUUCUUCAUCUUCUUGGUUGUGAUACUAUAGGUCAUUCGCAUAAACCUCAAUCAAGAAAAUAUAUUGAAAAUAUGAACUAUAUUGAUCAGAGAAUAGAAGAAAUUGUACAAAAAACAGAACAAUUUUUUAAUGAUAAAAGUACAGCAUACAUUUUCACAGCUGAUCAUGGAAUGACUGAUUGGGGUUCACAUGGAAGUGGAUCUACUGAUGAAACAGAGACACCAUUGAUUGCUUGGGGUGCAGGUGUAAGUUCCACUGGAACACGUUAUGAUCUGGAUCAGGCAGAUAUAACUCCUUUAAUAUCAACACUUAUAGGCACACCUAUUCCAACUAAUAAUGAAGGUGUAUUACGAAAACGCUACUUGAGAAAUAAUGAUACAUAUAAUGCACAAGCUUUACUUAAUAAUUUAAGACAAUUAUCAUAUCAAGUAACAGAGAAUCGUAUACUUAGUUGUGGAAGUAGUAAUGAUUUUAUGGAUUGGCGAGAACUUACACUUAACAAACAUAUUUGGGAAAUUAAUGAAUAUAUUAAUAAAGGAAAGAUGGUAAACGGAAUUACAGAAGCAGAAGAAGCAAUAAAAUUAGCCAAAGAAUAUCUAUAUUAUUACAAACAAUAUCAAAGAAAUUAUUUUUUAAUGUAUAUGACAUUUAUGUGGAGUGGUUGGAUAAUAUUUUUAUUCCUCAAGAUAGUUGGAAUACCACGCGAAGAAAUUAAAUCUUCAUUAUUACUAUUAGUCAAUAUAAUAUUUUUAAGCUCAUUGAUUUUAUUAAUUAUCAGAUAUACAGGAAGUAGUGGCUAUAACUUAAGACAGUUAUCAUAUGGAUUAUUUACUGUCAUUUCUCUCUGGUUAGCAGGUAUAAAUUUAAUUAAAUUUGUUCCUAAAUUAAGGAAACAAAAUAUUAAAAAAUUCCUAAUAGAAAUAGGAGGAACUAUUUUUUUGUUAUUUAUAAUGUUCAUGGGUUUAACGUAUAGAGCUGCUCUUAGCGCAGGAAUGUUGUUCAUUAUUAUAAUGCAAAAAGUAAUAUUGAACAAGACACAUAAUAUGUUGUUAUGUUCAGGGUUGAUUUUGGCCAUGUAUCCUUUAUUGCCAAUAGUAGAACCCUAUCCUCGAAUUUAUAUAGUUUUAAUUGGUAUAUGUAUUAUGAUAUGCAAGGUUGCUUUAAGGCAUCAACUAAAAUAUAAAAAGGCAAUUGAGAUAGUGAGAUUAAUAAUAACAGGGCUGGUAUAUUUAAAAUUAAUAGAUGGCCGAUAUUGGAUAUCUUGGAUAAUUUUAGCAAGUGCACCAUUAUUUAUUUGGACUUACACUGUAAAUCCAAAAGAUAGAAUAGAAGGGAUCACAAUUGGUCUUUUCUGUCCUCUUUCCUUAUUAUCUGCAUCUUAUGAACCUUUCUUUUUUUUAACACUUGCAAUACAUUUACUACAUUGGCCUUUAUCUAUCAAAGAUUUUGAUAAAACUACUGAUAAUAUUUUAAGUACCAAAGAUUUUACUAAAGCAUCAUUCUUUAUGUUAUAUACAUUAUUAUGUUUUUUCGGAACAGGAAACAUGGCAAGCAUAAGCUCAUUUGAUCCUGUUUGGACACAACAUUUUAUUACUGUUUUUUCUCCAUUUAUUAUGAGUUCACUUAUACUUUUUAAGCUAAGUAUUCCUUUAAUAUUGAUAGGGUGUGCAAGUCAUAUUCUUGGAUCAAGAAGAGCUUUUUUAGCAGUCCUUUUUCUAGGAGAUUGUUUGUCUUUACCUCUUAUGUAUAAUGUUAAUCCAUAUGGUAGUUGGUUAGAGAUUGGUAGUGCUAUUAGUAGAUUUACUAUAGCAAUAACUUUACCAUGUAUUUUAUUAGUUCUUCAUUAUCUUUCUUAUCCUUUAAUGAGGUUUAAUUUAAAUCAAUUUGAAUAUCUAUUGUCAGAAAAAAAACAUAUUGUAUAAAUGUAUAAAAUAUUUUAGAAGAGAGUAUUUCAUAUAAUUUAAUUUAACUAUAAUGUUAAUAUUAGAAACUUUGUUAUACAAUUGAAUUCUAAUUAUGAAGUAUUAAUGUUUAAAAUAUCAUGUCCUCCAAUAUAAUUUAGUUAAAUAAGUACAAAUAUGUUUCAUAGUUGUUUACCGAUUUAUGAUAUAUUUCAUACAGUACUCAAUAUGUAAUGUUUCCAAUGAAUAUAUUCACACUUUUUA